AUGACGGCAUCUAGCGAGCCUCAGCAAGAAAUAUCUUUAUUUAUGAUGGCGGAGAGCGAAGCAAUGCGUUUGAUGAGCCGUUGUAGUCAUAUGGACGUAUUCAAGAAAGUUCAAGAAGUUAAGUGUGAUUUUGGAAAUAAACAAAAGAAACUUCAACAAGCAAUGUACUUGCAUUCGGCUGGUAAGAUACCUGAUUUCGAAAAUUUGUCAUCUUCCACAAGAUAUGAUUCUGAAAUUGUCGAGCAGUACCUAGAAAAAGCCAUUCUCUAUCAAAAUGCAGUUCAACUAAUGGAAAAGCGUGAAGAGUUUGCUGUGAUUGAAGAUGACUUUGGACCAACGCUAGAAAAAAUGAUGAAAGAAGGGAAACAACCAUCGUUUCAAAAUCUAGUCGACGCUUGUCGCAAAUACGACGACGAAAUAGCUAUCCGGAUGCAUGUUACUAAGAGCAACGUAACCCAUCGAUAUUUUAUCCAACGAGGAAUUUCUGAAGAUAAUGCCAGAGCAUAUGCUUUUGCACUUGCAUUUUAUACAGGUGCAUACAGUUGGGCAAUGAGUAUGGAAGCAAAUGUUGUUGCCAGAAGAUCAUUGAAACAAGAUCAGUUGAAUUCAGAGGAGGCUAAAGUUGAUAGUAACGCAGCCAUGAUUAUGUAUUAUCUCAUUAAAGGUCUGUCACACAUUGCUUUCUAUUGGGGUGUUGUGACAAGAUAUGUAGAAUUGACAGACAAAGAUUUACAGGAUUAUAAGCCUGGUGAAAUUGUGACUUGGCUUCAGUUCAGCAGUUCGGACAAAGGUGGGAAAAAUUUGCAAUGGUUUCAGGAACGAAAUACGAUUCUCACUAUAUCUUCACUCACUGGUAGAAGCAUAAUAGAUUUUUCGAAUUGUGACCAAGAAGAAGAUGAAGUUCUUUUUCUGCCUCAUUCAUCCUUUCUUGUAUGUCAGGUGGUGUAUGAUGAAAAACACAGAAAAAAUCAAAUAUAUCUCAGACAGAUCGAGCUGGGACUAUGCCAAUACGUAGUAUUGUGGGUUGAUGAUAACAUAUUUGAUGAAAAAUGGGAAAAUAAAAAACAUAUGGAACAAGCAAGUACAUUAGGAACUCGAGUCAAUGUCCACUUUAUUCCUAAAUCGAACACUGAAUCAGCACUAGCGUUUCUACGUUCAGAAUUCGGGCAACGACUCAAAUACAGCAAUACAUUCCGCAUUGUCACUGAUAUGAAGCGAGCGAACGAGAGUGAUUCUAGCACAGCCGGUGCGCGACUAAUAUAUAAAGUGCGCAAACUUGGUUUCACUCAAUCUUGUCUUAUAUUCACUGGUCACGAAGAGUCAGCAUAUGAAAAAUUAGAACAAUUGUUCGGCAAUAGAAAAAUCGAUGGAAUCAAGGUCACCCAAAAUCAAUAUGAUCUGGAAGACUUUGUGAUUUUUAAUGGAAAUUAA